CGCAGUGGUGAACGGAACUCGUUUCCCUGGGUUACCGUCAACAAGCCCGUUAGCUCAUUGUAGCCGUGUAGCGUUAUUAGCUUUGUUUUAUGUGUUAAAACUAGAAUAAACAGCGAGGUUGUAAUCAAACCUCGCACACUGAUCAUGUAGUUAUGGUGCUAUAAUGGUAAAUGCAUAGGUAGCGAGGUAAAUGAAGCUAAGCUACUUCUUUACAGUUAACUUAAGCCGACAGCUAGUUAGCAUGCUAACGUGUUUGUAGUUUUUAAGGAUGUCGGAUCGAGACUUCAGGACGUGUUUGUAGUUUUUAAGGAUGUCGGAUCGAGACUUCAGGACUCUGGCGCACACGAGGAGCCCGAAAACAUCCAGGAGGACGAAGUUUCAGGAUGAACUUCAGGCUGCCGUCUCUGCCAGGGCGAGCAAACCAAAGACGGACAGACACUCUGAAGACUUCAAUGAAGAGGAAGAUGAUUUUUUGAACGAACUCCUCAAAUCAAGAAGAAAAAAGUCCGGGAAGAGUAAAGCCAAAAUCAACGACUUUGAUAUUUCAGACGACGAGGGCAAACACAGCAAGACGAAGAGAGUUUCAUUCCUGAAAACACAAAGAAUCAGCUCUCCCACGGAGGACACCGCGGCGUCAGAGUCGCGUGAAAACGAGCCGCCUGACUCUUCAAAAGAUCGACACAACGAUUAUAACUCACAACACUCAAUGAAUGUCAGCGAAGAUAACGUGCAAUCUAAAACCAGCGAUGCAGAGUCUACAGAUCCUCAAAGAGAGCUCACGAGAGAGAGCACAAGUCAGUCUCUGUCAUAUCAAACAUCAGGAGAGACUCUGCAGGACAUGCCUUUACCUCUACCGUCUGAUACUCCAGCUCCAGAGGAGAAGAGCGACUGUGCUCUGGAAGAAAGAUCCGAGUCUCCACAGUUAUCAGCAGCUGACGAUGAUGCUGCUGAGAGGGAGCCUCCCAGGCCUAAACCGAGGCAAAGGACUCUCGGAUUGAGCGCUACGGAGAAGAUAGAUGAAGAUGCUGAAUCUCAGGAUCUCAGCAGGCCUCAGACUUCCUCUGCGUCCAUUCCUGUCUCCUUUGACAGAUCCAGCAACGUCACAUGGACAGAAAGAGAUCACACAUCCUAUUCAAGCAAGAGUGAACAAUCGCAGCACUUCACCAAGUCCACGGUUGAUUCUGGAUCCAGAGAUGGCUUUAUUUCCGAUGACAGCAAAGAGCAGGAGAGAAAGUACUCCACGUCAUUUGAAGAGCUUAAUCGAGACUCAGGAGAUCACUCUGAUCAGCUCUCUCAUGUCCAUGAAAAAUCAUUUGAUACCAGGACAUCAAGUUCUCACUCCAAAAUGACGCCGAGAUCUCAGAGCGCGUGCUCCAGGAGAGUGGAAUCAAAGUAUUUGGGAUCUCUCAAAGUUCUGGAUCGUAAAGUUUCUCUGCAGGAGUCUCAGCCGCAAGCAGCAGAUUCACUCAGAGCUGCCGUUUACCAGGAAUGGCUUCAAAAGAAGAAAGAAAAAUUGAGAGAGAACAUGCUGCUGAAGAAGAAAGAGGAUCUCCUGAAGGAGAAAAAGAAAAGGGAAGAAGAAGCCAAAAAGGAAGACGCUGUUGCGUCAUACGAGGCCUGGAAAGAAAAGAAAGCCGAGAGUCUGAAAGCAAAAGCCAAAGAAAUGCAAGACGUGAUCAGAAAGCAGCAAAGAGCGACUGAAGAGAAAGAGGAAAAAAGACAAUCUGCUCAGCAGAUGUUUGAGAGAUGGAAAUCCGAGCACGAUCGUCUCCUCAAAGAAAAGUUUAGAAAGCAAAAAGAAGCUGAGCGUAAGCUGAAGUUAAAAAAGCAAGAAGAGGAGGAAGAAAGAAAGAGAGACAGCAAAUCUGCCUUUUCUAACUGGCAGGAAAAGAAGAAAGAUGUGGUCCAUGAGAAAAUCCAGAUGGAGCGUAAAGAGGUGAAAGAUAAAGAAGAGGAGGAACAAUACAUGAAGGAAGAGAGAGAUAAAAUGUCUCUGGAGCUGUAUGAAAACUGGCUGGUACGGAAAGAUCUAGAACAGAAGAGACAAAAAGAAGAGAGACGGAUCAGAGCAAUACUCAGAGACAGUCCACCUCCGCCAUGGAGCCCUCCCAAUAAAACUAUACCGUUUCGAAAAUGACAUUUGAAAUGUAACAUGCCACCACGAGAAUAUCUGAGUGUGUAUGUUACAUUCUGUGUGUUUUUUUUUUUUUAAAGAUAGUCGAUUGAAGCUGUUAGAUUGUAUAUUUUUGUCAGGUUUUGUAGGCAGCAGCUCUGGUAGAGUUUAUAUUUUUAUAUGCGUCUGAACUGUUGCAGUAGGUUUAGAAAAUGUUUAUGUUUCAUUUACUUGCAGUGACAAUGUGUGGUCUCUUAUCACCAGGUUAUACAUCAGAAUGUGGAGCAGCAGUAAGAAGAAAUAUGGAUGUAAAAGGCUAAUUUAAUUAAACUACUAGUGUUGACU